CUCCAGUCGGUCUUCAUAUCAUGGAAGUAUCAAAAUGCUUGUUAAUUGGCGAUUGAGUCUGUAGAAAAACAUAAUGCUGAAUUAUUUCGACAAUCUUUCGGCCGGGGAAGACUGUUUGGCGUGGUGUUAUAUCUUUGUUCCGUACUUCGGGCACCCACUCUUCAUCGGAGGAAAUAUUCUUCUCUUUGUUCUCACCACCGCCAUCUUUCAACACGGUAUCUUCCCUUUUGGGAUUGCAAUAUUUAAUCUUGUCUUUUGGUGCCUCACUGGAUUUCAGUGUCCUCUACCCUGUAAAACUUAUUCAG